AUGGCUAGCAAUGGAGACAGCGCUGCAGCGCAGCAUCUCCAACUGAAGAAGAUUAUGGGUCCGAAUAUGGCCUACCUGUGUACAGCACUUGAGAUAGGAGUCCUAAAGGCCUUCAUCGAUUGGAAAGUGUUUGACCACAUCCCGGACGAAGGCUCAAUCUCAUCAGCGAGCCUGGCGGAGAAAAUUGGCGGAGAACAAGAGCUGCUCGAUCGUACACUUCCACUACUCACGGCCCAGGGCAUUCUGAAGGCUCCAGAAGCAGAUCACGUUGCCCACACGGAGCGCUCUCGCUCCUACAAGUCAGAUGAGCUCGGCGCGGGCUUCAUCACGCAUAUGCACAAUUGUUUCGUCCGCUCCAUGGCUCAGUUUCCCGCGUACCUGGCCUUGCAUGGCUUCAGGUCGCCUAAAGACGCCAACACAACACCCUUCGGCAUGGCAACGGGAUACCCAAACGGCAACGUGUACGACAUCGUCGCUGCAGACCCAAAGCUUAGCAAAGACUUCGACAGUUUUGUCGCACGUACGUCCAAGGUGUUUCCCAUGCACGGCGUGUACGACUUCUCGUGGAUGCAGAAACAGGCGGAUACUACGAGCAAGGAAGGCAGACCACUGUUUGUGGAUAUUGGUGGAAGUAAUGGGCACGCCGUGCGCGACAUUCUGCAGGACCAUCCGUGGCUACCUGCCGAGCGGUGUGCCGUGCUAGACCGCAGUUCAACGAUUGAACACACGAGGGCAGAGCUGGACGAGGGCAUAAAGUCUAUUCGCUUGGUUGCAGGGAACGCGCUCGAGAUGCUCCCGCCACCCGUGCAGAACGCGCUGGUCUACCAGUUCCGCCGCAUCCUGAAUGACUUCCCGGACAACGACGUACGGCGCUUCUGGAAAGUGGUGCGCGAGGCGGCGGCGCCAGAUACGCGUGUAUGUGUGGUGGAAGAGCUGCUGCAGGGGAACCGCAACGCCUACGCUGUGGCGCAGGACGUGUCGAUGAUGCUUGUUGGGGGUAAGCGGCGGAGUGCGCAGAUGCAUGUUGCAUUGGCGGCGGAGGCGGGCUUUCGGCUGGGGCGGACAUUGCCCGACACGCACAAUGAUUGCUCGGUGUUGGAAUUCGUAGUGGUGUGA